AUGUCCAAAGGCUUUACUGACGGCAACUACUGGGUAGAAACUGACGAAGCUGGUGCGAUUGUGGUUGCUUAUUACGGUGCUACUGAUGCUGCUUUUGCCGCUGCUGCAGCGCUGCAGAGGAGUAGCAAGGCAACGGAGGCUGCGGCGUUGGAGGGUUGGUGCAAGUCACAGGAGCUGUGCUACGCCGCGGUCGCGCAUUUGCAGCUUGCGCUUCAGCAAAAAGAAAUAGCAGAGGCUGAAGGAGAAGGCUUCGGCCUGCUUGUGGCUCGCGCUACGCUGGCAGAGGAGUGCUUAUCAAGGGCGGAAGCUGCAUCAGCUGCUGCCCUAGCUAGGACUCCUGAGGCUCCCAGGCUACAGACAGCAAAGCUUCGUGUCGCUGUUGAUGCGCUGCUAAAGAUGGCGAAGAGGGAUAACCAACUCGUGUACAUGGAGCCUGUCCCAAAAAUUUCCGCUCUUCCACCACUGGAGGAAAGUUCCGGUCUGCGGGGGACAACCCAGGUCUCGCUGCAGGAUGUAUUGCCCCCUAAUCGCCAGGCUGAACUGCAGCUCAGCGCACUGCUCCCUGCUGGGGUCCGGGCGCUGGCUGACGAGUACCAGGCGCUGUUCCAGGGUUUGACAGCUCAAGUAAAUGAAGAAGCCAACGGCCUCCUCUCCCGAGUUGCUACUUUUCUACAGAAGGAGCAACUGCCUAGUGCGCUGCGCAGCAGGCUUGCUGCUGCGCAGGAGGCCCCACAGCGGCAGCAGCGCGGGCAACAACACUGGUGCGAUGAACAGGGGCAAGUUCCCCCACUGCAGAGCAACAAAGGCACCAACCCUGAUCUCCACUUUCAAUUCUCCAGUACAUGCAGCCAGGAACUGCUGUCCGUUCAGUCAUUGGGAGGCGCGCAGAGGCUGAGGCAGCAGCAGCAAAUGCUUGAGCAGCUGUCCGCAAGUGCUGGCAUACAUUUGGCCACAGUGCAGCACCAGCUGCAGAGCCAACUACAGUUACUGGUGCAGCAACGCCAGCAGCAGCAAACCAGUUCCACUCAGGAUGAGUUUCAAGUCCACGAGCAGCAAUUUCUUGCUCUUGAAUGUAAAACCAAAGAACUGAUAGAGUGCGCAUGUCUUUACGCCACAAAGUUACAGCAAGCCCAAAAGGCCAACGAAAUGAUUGGCUCGCGAAUGUAUGAGGCCCUUGGCCCUUUGAAAUUGCUUCCGUGUAUGGCCACACUCCAAAAUGACAGAAUCUCUGGAACUACUGUAGGACUGGAGAAAGCUUUUGCUCAAGCUCCUACGUUGGAGCAGCUGCUGUGUGCAACAAAGAAAGAUGCUGAGCAGCUCGUGCAGAAGCUGCUACUGCGCCUGCACAUCUCCGUGGUAGACAGCACGCAACAUCAUCCAUUGUUACAGCAGCGCCUCGAUGCUGCGCAUGCUGCCCUUGUUGAGUUAGAGUCUCGCAUUUACAGCCUGCAAGAGGACCAGCAUAAGCUGUGCCAGUCUGAGCAUUUGAUCCCGGAGCACGUAUUGCAGCAGCUGCGACAGGCAGCAGCAACGAGCCCUGACCCGGCGGCAAGUGUAUGCACAGCGGCAACAUCUGCAAGUCUUCGAGAGGCCGCGAGGAGCACCAGGAAGAGGAUACAGGAAGUGGUGCUACAACUUGAGGCGGCGCAGCAGCGAUGGUCUGAACUGCUUGCUGCGGAGUCUGGGGAAGCUGAAUUACAGAAGCAGAAACAACACAAGCUUGCAUCAGAGCUGCAGCAAGUCGUUCAGCAGCAAGCAUCGCGUCUAAGAAAGGCAUUUGGUGAACAACAGCAGGGGGUUGCCUUCUACUCCCAGCUGCAGGGCUUCUUGCAGCAGCUGCAGCAGCACCAGCAGCAGCUUCUCAAGGAUAUGAAUGCGUGCAUACGUUCAGUCCAUCAGCAGCAAAAAGAGCACCAAGAAAAACUGCGGGCACUGCCCAAGGAACUGCAGCAGGAACACAUUAACCAGAUUAAUCCUUUACAGGCCCCGCAGUGGCCCAACGCGGGCACCCUGAGCACCAGAAGCGGUCGCAGCAGCAUAGGCAGCAGUGACAGGAGCGGCAGCAGCACCCCGGCACCCGCGAACUGGCGACGCUACAGCUGUGGUCCCCUUGUGCUCCCUGGAAGCAAGCCAAGGCGACUAAGCAGCGCAGAUAACAGCAAGAAUAAGCAUUACUGCGGCGCUGCUGCUGCUGCACCUGAGCGUUUGCCUUCUUUCCCCAGUCCCGACAGCACCAAUGGCAGCAGCAGCAGCCAACAACGCUGUGAAGAAGCAACAGAAAAUAGGAACAGCAUCAACAUAGCGGGGGCCUCAUUUGCCCUGGCGCAUUCACCUAUCAGAGCCCGUAACAGCAGGCACAGCACAUCAACCACGAACAGAAGCUUUCCAGAUGCUCCAGCAGCGGCACCUUGUAGCCCCAGAUGUACGCCCCAAGAUACUGAUACUGAUACAGUGUUCAGGGGCGCUGAACCCCUGGCAAGCUUACAUGCAACAGACCACGCAAGUAACAGCUAG